AUGGCUGGAAGACAGGAAGGAAAAAGAGCGCUGUCCAGUCUUUUAAAAAACACUCGGUGUUAUUUAUGUCGGAAUGAUUUCACUGAUCCUCGUGAACUGAACUGUUAUCACGUCUUUUGUAAGUCCUGUCUGGACGGUUACAUAAACACUGUCUGUCCUGAAGGGACUAUAGAGUGUCCGCUGUGUGACGAGGCAACUCCCACACCACGGCGAGGGGCUGAAGGCCUCAAGAAAAAUCUCUAUCUCAAUUUGUCCACUAUUUCUGUGGGAAUCAUUUGUGAUGUAUGUAACAACGAUCAAAACGCGAUCGGAAGAUGUAUAGAAUGCAGUCAAGAUUUAUGCGAAUCUUGCUUCAAUUAUCAUAACAACAUCCGGUCUACCCGUGAACACCACGUUGCAACGAUUGACAAGGAUCACCUACAAGGAAAGCUGACACGUGAUGUAUACUGUGAAAUACACGUGAAUGAAAAAAAUAUGUAUUACUGUAUCGACUGUGAAAAACUUGUUUGUCAACACUGCAAUAUGACCAAACACAAACUUCAUUUAUGCCGAGUUGUUACGGAAAUGUCCGACAAUUUCCGAGAACAACUGACGGACCUGGUAGAAUCUGAAGAAUUUGCUAAUCACUUGUUCUGGAUGACUGAUAGGAAAACCGAAACAGUUCAACACAUCAAGAAACUCGAGGGCUUAGAAGAAGUAGCAGCAAGGGAGAUAAUUAACCACGCCAAAGUAUGGCACGAGCUGAUAGAGGACAUGAAGAAAUUUAUGUUGAAGCGAGCCCGAGAAGAAGCGAGAAAGGGAAUAAGUCCUGCAAAAAAUAUUGGUAAGAAAUUGGAAAACAAUAUGCAGUCUUACGCAAAUUUAUACCUUGUGGCUCGUGCAGCUGUGAAACAAUCUGAUGAUGUGGAGAUUGUGGAAAGCGGUCUGAAGUUGCAGAGAAAGCUGAGAAGUUUAAGGAUAGAAGGGCCAGUCCGGACUUUAUCGAAAAAUUCAGGUAUUCAAUUUUCUCCCAAGGUAAUGUCUUUGGAAGAAUUCAAUCCUAUGUUUGGUCUUGUCGGACCUACAGUUCAACUUGACUCAAAUUCCCGUUUGAUAUCCGCAUUUUGUAUAAAGACGGCCGGGGCACCUGUUUCUUCUAUCUCGUACGCCACAGACGGUCGUUCGUGGAUCAUAGAAGGAAUAGAUGGCCUGAUUCAGUUGUACGACAAUAGAGGCAGAGUCCAUCAAACAAUUAACCUGGGAUUACCAGCGGAUGAUAUAAUCUGCGAGCCGGACAACAAGAAAUAUGUGUCAUGCAACUCCGCCAAACAGGUUGUGACAUUGGAUGAGAAUUUGCAAAUGUCUGUUGUGACUAAAACGGAUUUGUGUACCAGAGGCAUUGCGUAUGAUCGACAACAAGGCGCACUUGUCAUCUGUUUAACUGAGAAGAAUGCUUUCUACGACUAUGAACAUCACCAUAAAAACAGAAUAGUGAAAACGAUUGUGAACGGGGAAAAGAGAAUGGAAACGCCGGACAUCCUGUCUUUCGCUGCGUCACCUUUGGUCGAGUAUCCGGCGCGUCUGACGGCUACAAAAUCAGGAUUUAUUGCAAUUUCAGAUUGGAAGAGGAACUGCGUGACGAUCUUAGAUGCCACAGGGCACGUGGAAACGGAGUAUUUUAUUCUAAGCAAGGGUGCAAACUCGGAAGGCUUUUGUCCGAGAGGUAUAUGCUGCGAUAACGAUGGUAGGAUUCUAGUGGCAGAUUUUAACAACCAUAGAAUCAUGCUUCUGGACGAAACAGGUCAAACAUUCUUGGCAAUACUGACAAAGGAGGAUGGAAUCCAUCACCCAUGGUCAGUUAGUUGUGGCAACGAUGGACUUGUUUGGAUUGGUAAUAAACAUGGUGAAGUGAAAAUUUACCACAUAAACUUCGCGGAAAGCACCAAGUAA